AUGAGACUCGUCGGCUGUUUUCUUUCCCUGCUCAUUGUAUUCUGCCCUGCAGAAUGUGGGAAUGUUUUAGUAUGGUAUACGGAGGGCAGUCACUGGAUCAAUCUUAAGAUUGUGUUGGAAACGUUGAUUGACAGAGGACACAAUGUAACAGUGCUGAUGCCAGAUGCUGCUCUCUUCAUGAAAGCCAAAGAAUCGGAUCGCUUCUCCUUCCAGCACUUCAAUGUGUCCACAUCUGCACAGGACAUGCAAGACUUCCUUGAUGAACUUCUUCACUUCUCAGUGUAUGAGAUGGAUCAUUUAAACCUACUGCAGAUUCAAAUGAAAUUCUACAAGCUUGCUUCCAAACAUCAGGAUAUGUCUAUAUCACAAUGUAACGGCAUUCUGAAAUCACCAGAGUUGAUGGACAAAUUACGAGAAGGAAAGUUUGAUGUUGUUCUGUCAGAUCCGAUCUACGCGUGCAGUGAUAUUGCGGCUGAAGUGCUGAACGUUCCCUUGGUUUUCACGUUCCGGUUCUCCUUAGCUCAUACUGUAGAGCGAAUAUGUGGUCAGUUACCAGCUCCACCAUCUUUUGUUCCUGGAGCCAUGAGUAAACUCACGGAUAAGAUGAGCUUUCCAGAACGAAUCAUCAAUAUGCUCUUCUACAUUUCUCAAGAUUUUUUUGCCUCUAUUGUUUGGAAAACAUUUGACAACUAUUACACUGAAUAUUUUGGACGGCCCACGUCCUAUUGUGAGAUGAUGGGUAAAGCUGAUAUCUGGUUAAUCAGAACCUACUGGGACUUUGAGUUUCCACGGCCAUUCCUGCCCAAUUUCAAAUACGUUGGAGGAAUUCACUGCACUCCUGCCAAACCAUUACCCAAGGACAUGGAGGAGUUUGUACAGAGCUCUGGGGAUGAUGGGAUUGUGGUCUUCAGUCUGGGGUCUAUGAUAGACAAAAUGCCUAAAGAAACAAGCAAUAUGAUCGCCUCCGCACUGGCACAGAUUCCACAGAAGGUUUUAUGGCGAUAUGGCGGAGAGCAGCCAGAUACUCUUGGUGCAAACACCAGAAUCUAUAAGUGGAUCCCUCAGAAUGAUUUAUUGGGUCACCCCAAAACCAGAGCAUUCAUCACUCAUGGAGGCAGUAAUGGCAUAUAUGAGGCCAUUUAUCAUGGCGUUCCAAUGAUUGGGAUCCCCUUGUUUGGUGACCAAGCUGAUAAUUUGGCCCAUAUAAAGGCCAAAGGUGCUGCUGUUGUCAUGGAUAACAUCAAAACCACGCAGCCACAAGAACUGGUGGAUGGACUCAAUGCCGUCAUUAAUGAUCCCUCGUAUAAAGAGAAUGCUAUGCGUUUGUCCAGGAUUCAUCAUGACAGACCAGUGAAGCCUUUGGAUGAGGCUGUAUUCUGGAUUGAGUUUGUCAUGCGCAAUAAAGGCGCUAAACACCUGCGUGUCGAGGCCCACAACCUUACCUGGUAUCAGUACCACUGUCUGGAUGUGUUCGCUUUUCUCCUCACUGUCCUGAUUGUAGUCCUCUACGUCUUCUUUAAAAUGUGCAAAUUCUUUAUAAUGCGUUGCUGUUUUAGUUCAAAGAGGAAAACCAAAAAAGAGUAAUGAAAAUUUUGGAAAAUACUUGUUUUUUUUUUUUUGCAAUGAAAAUUAUGUAUCUAACCAUGAGAUGUCCAUCUUAAGGUCCAGUAGCUUUCCUAUUAUUAACCCAACAUCUCUAUCGCUAACUUAAGCUAUCAUUAAGAUGUGCCUCAUCACCACCAGUGUUGGGGUAAUGCAUUACAAGUAGCGCAAGUUAUCUAAUCAGAUUACUUUUUUCAGGUAUCUAGUAA